UAGAUAGUCUAGUAAGUAAGUAGUCCUGCUUCUGUUCGGUUCUGCUUAUAUCCUUCCCCCCAGGGGACCUUACAUUUGUUGAGGUGCAGGCGGCAUUGGAUCAUUCAUUGUGCGAGGUGAUGCUACACAAGCUGAUGAUGAUGAUGAUGCGACGCUGGUUUGGGCACUAUGGGUAGACUGCAGUGUUGGAGGUGCUUCUUUGUCUUUGGCUGAGAAUGGGCUUUGGUUUUUGAUGCGCAGCCGUGAGUGAGUGAGCCCGGGACUCGUUGAAAACGAAAGAGAAACUGUCAUGGAUGCAGUCAGUAUGACGAGGGUGCGUGUGUUGUUUGUGCUCUCUCUCCUUGGCGGAGCUUUCGCCGAUCUCGCCUCGCAAGAGGGUGCGCUUUUGUCUUUCAAGAAUGCUUUAGAGAAUCCAACGGCGUUGAGCUCGUGGAACCAGCAGCUGACCGACGCUUGCUCUGGCAUAUGGCGAGGGGUGGAGUGCGACGACGCGAAAGCUUCCAUCACCAACUUGACGCUGGAAGGUGGCGAUUUCACUGGAGAAAUUCCUAAUGAUAUCAAUCGAAUGAAGUUCUUGAGUUCAUUGACCAUCCGGAAUACUGCUUUCCUGGGUGCCAUUCCCCAAGCAAUAGCCGACCUUCGCAACCUGAAAACCCUAAUCGUUGCAAACAACCCGCAGCUGAACGGUACUUUUCCGACGUGGGUGAUGAGCCUCAAGAACCUUGAGCAGCUGAGCUUGGCGGGGAACAAUUUAACGGGCUCUAUAAUCGGUUGUAACAACACAACACAGGCCAAAAACUUCUCGGUACCGGUUGCAGGUGGAGUCACGGUCGAAGUACCGUCGCCUUACACCGAUCUAGUGAAUGUAACGCUUCCGAAUGUGCCGGUGCUGAUGUUCAGGCCGCAGAAUGUCACUUUGCCCACUGUGGCCAUCCCCAUUCUGAUGUUCAACACACUUCCGAAUGUUUCUGCACCAAACCUGACGGAUGUCACGAUCACGAGUCCUCUGGUAUUCAUGUGUCCUAACGUCUCCAUCCCAUCUCCUUCAAACAUAACCUUGCAUACUUCAAACUGGACUAUUCAACCCACGUUGCAGCCGCUCAACUGGACGCUAGAUUUCCCGAACCUUUCGCCCCCGAUAGCCCGUGUGAGGAAUUUUACGUGGCCAACUCUGCCCGCGUCGAACAAGUCAAACUUCACACAGCCAUGGAUUGUUGUGACUGCCACCAUGUUCAACUGGUCGACGUUUGCCUGGAACAUCUCUGAAGGGCCUUCAAUCGAUGUGCCUGGCGUUGAGAAACCAGUGCGCUGUGUAAACGUUUCAGUUCCAAAUCCUUUCCCCUGGACUUCUCCAGAUAUUUCUAAAUUGAACUUCACAUUUCCAGUGUUUCCGCCUUCACAGAGGAGUCCAUGGUUCAGUGUUAUAAACAGAACCACCUUCCCACCUCUUCCUUCUAUUCCUUGGAAUCCUUUUAAAUUUGGUCUAUCUCCUCUACCUCAAUUCCAACCACCUAAUUUUACAUUUCCUGAUCUUCCUCCCUUGCCCCAACUUCCUCCUUUAAAUUUCACAUUACCUCCUUUACCCCAACUCCAUCCUCUUAAUUACACAUUUCCACCUUUGCCCGAAGUGGUCCCUCCUAAUAUCACAGUACCACCUUUAUCUCCUCUUCCUUCCAUUCCACCUCUCAUAAAUGACCCCGUUUUUAACAUCUCAAAUAUUACUUCAUUCCCACCGUUACCAAGUGUUCCACAAUCUCCGCCACUUCCCCUACCAAAUAUCACCUUACCAACAUUUCCACCCCUUCCACCCCUCAAUUUCCCCUCUUCCAAUGUGUCUAGAUUUCCUCCCAUUUUUAACACUACUUUUCCAAAGUUUCCACCCUUGUCUCCAAUUCCAGGACUCCCAAGUGUGGGUGUUGGAGUGAAUGGUAGUGUGGGUGUUAACACCACCAUUCCAAGUGUUGGAAUUAAUGGAACUGUUUGUGCAAACGCAACCACUCCGCCAAUUGGGUCACCUCUUUCGGGUACCAUUAUCAAUUCUACAAUCCCUUCACUACCACCUAAUUUUACAUUUAGUAAUCCACCACUCCCUCACCUUAUGGCUCCUAAUUUCACCUUUGUGUUUCCACCUUUGCCUCACUUCACACCACCCAACUUUACUUUCCCACCUCUAAAUCCUAAUUUUACACAUUCCAACUUUACUCUUCCACCACUUCCCGAGUAUACUCCACCUAAUAUAACAUUGCCAUCAAUCCCACCUUUGCCUCAAUACACACAUCCUAAUUACACCUUGCCCACCGUGCCACCAAGUUAUGAGAUUUUGCCCCCAAAUUUCACAUUUCCUCCCUUGCCUCAAAUUGUUCUACCAAUUAAUCUCACUCUUCCUCCAAUUCCUCCCUUCAUACCACCAAAUGUGACUCUCCCACCUCUUCCUACUAUUACUAAACCUAAUUUCACCUUUUAUGAUAUUCCACCUUUGCCACAAUAUGAGCCUUCUAAUUUAACUUCACCUCCUCUUCCAGAACUCACACCUCCAAAUUUAACGUGGCCAUGGCCAUGGUCCAUUGGAAUUAAUCUCACAAAUAUUACUAUUGGGGCCCCUUUUCCAUCCAUCCUACCUUUGAAUGAAAGUAUUCCUAACUUGCCUCCAUUGCCAUCUAUUUUCCUUCCAAACUUUACAGUUCCGGGUCAAUCUAUAUUCAACUUUACAAAUCCAUAUCCUGGAUACAAACCUCCAAUGCCUGGAACACCUCCUUGUGAUGAUAUAAAAGAUGAAAAAUCACAAGUGCUUGUCAAACAUAACAACAAAACACGCCACUUAUUGGAGCUUGAUAAUUCGCAUUUAACUCAAGGUCAUCAGCCUCAAAUGAGUGGUCUUCACAAUCUAAAAUUCCUAGAUUUGUCAAACAACGCUUUUACUGGAAAAAUUUCUGAGAAUUUGAAUGCUUUACUUCCCAAUUUGAAGCAUGUAGAUUUAAGCAACAACAAACUUGAAGGCCACGUACCACAAGCCCUUCUUAAGUCCAAACUCAAAUCCAUAAAUUUGGCAAACAAUUAUUUUAGUGGACGGCUUCCACGCAUGAAAACUCAAAAAUAUGACCUCUUGGAUGUAAGCAAUAAUUGCUUAACUGGUAUUCUGCCCAGAAAAUCUGCAAAAUCUUCCUCUGAGUUUUAUUAUGGCCAAAAGUGUCCGCCAAAUUCAAAGCACUGUAAGUGUGCAGUUCAUAGAGCCAAGUGAUAUGGAUGAAGAAAAACACACACAAACAUAUUUUGUAGGUAGGAAAAUGAAAUAAGUUGAUGAAAAUCGUUGUCUUUAUGGCAACUGAUUUUUCUUUAGAAUAUAGAAGGGUAUGAAUUAGGAUUAAAUAAAUGGAAGGAAAAGUAGAGCUUAGUAUGUGGAGUUUUAAACUAAAAUGAGAGCAAAUCCUUUACAAUAGUUUAAUAAAUGAUAAAGGAAUAGAGAAUAAACAUGUUAAUAUUGCACUAAAAAAAAGGACCCUUUUCAUGUGUGUAUGGGAGAAAUAACUACUGUGCUAGUUUGAAAAUUAGUUGAUUUUAUACAACUAAUAAAUUUUCAUUACUUUAACAAUAAUAAUAAUAAUAAUAAUUUCAAUAUUUUGUUA